AUGACUCUCAGUCCUGUCAAUCUUCCGUUUGAAUUACCCAACGAAGACCGGCCGUCCAGGUUGCCUAGUCCUUCGGCAAACUCAGACGACGCAUAUUCUACUAUUAGUAGCAAGAAGUUCGGAUCUGUCCAUGAAGGCAGCGAACCAGACGCAUACACUGGUCAGGAAAUAUCAUCGGACGGCCUUGUUCCCGCUUCAAGUUCUCCAGUGUUCUCAUCUCCCACAACUGCUGUAACACCUCCGGACAAUGACUACGGUGGGGACAUCUCAAGCUACAGCUUCCGACCUGUCGUGAUCGAAGGUGAUGGCUCUGUGGGUUCACCUGGCGACUUCUUCUCUGCGGAUUCGGAUGAUGGACUCAACCCUUGCUUGAGAACGUCCGAAGCUUGCAGGGAGCAAACCAACUCCACUGUGUCUCCUUCUAGCUUCUCUGUGCACCGGGAAUAUAUCUCUGACGGCUCCAUCAAUGUUCAAAGUUCUGGAGACGUCGAUGGGUGCAAAUCCUUGGGCGACGAUAUGGCUAUGUGCUCUCCUUUACCAUCUCCAUCAGAACCCUCCUUCCUCUGUCGUGUCAAUGAUAUGCUACUCGCUGUACAGCAGGAGCGUCGGCAAGCUGAGUUCCGACAGCGCAUAGUCAAUCGUCCUAAUGAGACAGGCUCCGGUACCCAUGUCCAUACGCUCGCUACUAGUGCUUUGAACGGUCCUUCGUCGGAAACAAGUAUUCUUCUGGGCAAUCCAGACAAUCGGUCGGGUGAAACAUACGCUGUGUCUACGCUAUUUAGUCCUGUGCUACAUUCUACAUCCGUAAUGGCCUCUGGGACUUCUUCAUCAGCGAUUGUCUCUCGUUUGAUUUUCUCUGGCUCUACUUCGCAGUCUGGCUCUACGCAGUCCGUGUCUCGUCCCUGCUCUCUCAGUCAAUCUCAGCCUUACAACGCAAACUCUGAUCGCGACAAACCCAUCUCCGCAGACCAGAGCAGUAUGGACGCUACUGUUGAGCGCACAUAUACCCAUGCUCACGCUGGCGACCCCGAAGGAAGACACCUCAACGUGGACAGCCUAGCAUCUCCAGCAAAUCCUGGCGAGCAAAGGAAGAAUGAAGCCACGUCAACGGAGUCUCAGGCAAGCUCGCGACCCGUUCUUGGCCUCAAGCGUCAGUUAUCAACUCGUGGAGCCUCCACUGCAGGGGAAGUGAACGGCAGCCCACUCAACAAGCGCAAAUCAUGCGCAUAUACCCACUCCGAGGAAUCGGACCAGUGCCAAGUGGAACGCAGGCGCAAACGAGUCAGGCUGUCCAUGGAGUCCCGGUUUUUCAAGCGGAAGGAUAGCGGAGGCCUCAAAAGCAAACCUCGGCAAGAAGAGCCCAACGUGUCCAUGAAUCGUGCCUAUGCGAAAGUCCCUGCGAGUCUCAGACGGGCCGAGUCGCUCAUGUCGGAGGCGUCGAUGUACGCAGAAGAGAAGGAGAACCUUGAUCCGCGAGGACACGCCGACGAUGAAGCAGAAAUGUCAGACUCCACGCCCCACGAUGGUAGCAGUUCAUUCGCAAGUAGUAGGAAGUCGCCUAACCGCACCCUGAAAACUUUCUAUACUCCCGAGCACCACUAUAUUCCUACUGCUCCCGCUACACCCGCUACACCCGUCCAAACUCGGCGGGGCAUGCGAUCUACUCGCCAGCGUUCGCACAGUCGGACUGACGCCCUGGCAGCUGUGCCGAUUAUUGCGCCUCCUCCAUUCGAGAUGAUCCCGAGGGGGCCUAUUUCAGCGGAGGAUGCAGCCGAGCAGAGAAUCACAGUCAUGUUGGAGAAGGAGAGACAGCAACGGGAAGAGGAUCGUCUCGGAGCUAAGGGCCAGAGAACAUCCGAACCUCAGGCGGAUGAGAUAGUUAAAGAUGGGCACGAUGAAAGAAAUGGGGCGGAUGAACAAGUACAUGCUUGGAGAGCAGGAGUGAAUGCGGGUAAUCCGGAAGAAGCGAUUAAGGUAAAGAUUGAAGACAAGUACGGCGAAGAAAGCGUGUUUAGCCGAAUGCCUCUGUUCUCGCUUGGGAUAGAAGAAGGUUUGCGAAGAGAGGUUGUCGAGUGGAUCCUGGAUGUGCGUCCGAGCCAGGCAGGCGGGCCUCUCUUUCCUUCAUAUCCUAGCUCGAUUACCCUCUAA